GUCGUGUUCUGGAAUAUACCAAUGAUUACAGCAGGGGGGUUGGCCGGGGAUUUUGGAAUCGGCAAGGCCAAAAUGUACAGUAUGAUGACACGUAUAGGCUCGAACUUUAACACGCUAGUGAACUUCUUUGCCGAUGUGCUCAUGUACUAUAACUGGAGGAAGUUAAUCCUCGUCUAUGAUCCCUACGGUCAGACUAAUAUAUCGAGCAAGUUUUGUCACAUUGCAGCAAACGAUAUUCAUUAUGGAAUGAGAGAAACGCAUCAAGCAAAGAAUAUAACGCAGGAUUAUAUAAAGUUUGAGCUACCAGAUAUCAGUCCAAAAACGAGUGAAUUCAAGGCCAAAAUUGGACUUGAUUAUUCAG